GCAGCCAAUCAGAUUUUGCAAAGCGUCCUAAGCUGACGUCAGCCCGGUACUGAUGAACCACCGGUAGAAGAGAGCUCUGUUAGCCUGUUGUUUGUAUCUUUGUCCGCUAAUCCCCCUGUCAAACGUGCAAACAUCAUGCCUUUCGAUGUUAGGAGAUUCGAUAUCUACAGGAAAGUGCCAAAAGAUCUCACCCAGCCCACAUACACAGGAGCUUUCAUUUCCAUCCUCUGCUGUUUCUUCAUACUCUUCCUGUUCCUGUCUGAGCUUACGGGAUUCAUAGCCACAGAAAUUGUAAACGAACUGUAUGUGGAUGAUCCCGAUAAAGACAGUGGUGGGAAGAUAGAAGUGAGUUUAAACAUCAGUUUGCCAAACUUACACUGUGAUUUGGUGGGUUUGGACAUCCAGGAUGAGAUGGGCCGCCAUGAGGUCGGUCACAUAGACAACUCCAUGAAGAUUCCUCUCAACCAGGGGGACGGUUGUCGCUUUGAAGGAGAGUUCACCAUCAACAAAGUACCAGGGAACUUCCAUGUGUCGACGCACAGCGCUACAGCCCAGCCCCAGAGCCCAGACAUGACCCACAACAUCCACAAGCUGGCCUUUGGAGAAAAGCUUCAGGUACAAAACGUCCAAGGAGCCUUUAAUGCAUUGGGAGGGGCGAACAGGCUGUCAUCUAAUCCUCUGGCGUCACACGACUACAUACUGAAGAUCGUUCCAACAGUGUAUGAAGACCUAUCAGGCAAACAGAGGUUCUCCUACCAGUACACAGUAGCCAACAAGGAAUACGUUGCGUACAGCCACACGGGCAGGAUCAUCCCGGCCAUCUGGUUCCGAUACGACCUCAGUCCGAUCACAGUGAAGUACACAGAGAGGAGACAGCCCUUCUACCGUUUCGUCACAACAAUCUGUGCCAUUGUCGGCGGGACGUUCACAGUGGCAGGAAUCAUCGACUCCUGUAUAUUCACCGCUUCAGAGGCCUGGAAGAAGAUCCAGAUUGGGAAAAUGUCAUGAGGACCGCUCCCCACUCCUCCCUUCAACAUAAAUAAAGUGCAAAGUUAGCCUGUUAGCUAAAUCCAAGCUGCUCGAACCCCCACUUCCUUUUGAAGAUUGUAUCAUCACAACCAAUGACUCUGUCUCCUUACUGAAGAUUAUCUCAGACUCCAUCUGGUGAGGAUGCUGACUAUCACAUGACUGCUUUCUCCAUCUUUACUGUAAAGAGAGGAGAGGGAAGCUCUUUUGUAACUACUAAUAUGAAAUACUGUGUGUCAAAGUUCAACCAUUCUGGGCAUUUGAAUGCUGCACUUAAAAUGAAGUCAAACAAAACAAAAAGGCUGAUAUUUGUACUGAUAUUCAAUCUUCUUUUUUUACGUGUGUGUGUGACACAAAUCUCUAAAUAUAUUCAAUCGUAAGGAAGUUUUCAGGUUAUGGCUGUAGAAUGUACAAACAAAACACACCUAAAUGUUUUAUUAGAGGAUCAUUUCAACAUGUCAGUCUAGUUUUCCCAAUCACGCUAAAAGGGAACAAUACUUUUAGGGAAGUGUUUGGGUACAUUAAGCCGGUAUGUGAAUAGGCUAAACUUUAAAGUGUUUCCAUAAUUCACACUUUCCAUAACAACAUUUUGCAUCAUCUGAUGUCUUUUUCCAGCUGAUCUCACUUUUAUGGCCAGUUUCAAACCAUGUGCCUUUAGGUUACCUCUCACAUGAUUACCAUCAGCUCUCAUGUGUUAGUCUGUCUGUUUGCAGUGGCUGCCACUUAAACCAGUAUAUUGCAUGUUACAACUUUCUAUGUAGAUUCACUUUCUAGAGUUUAUUUUCAAACCAAUGAUCAUUGUUUACCUUUCAGUCAAUUCAUACCAAAUAAUUCAUCAAUGCUGUUAACCGUCCUUGCUUUUACUUUUUUCAUUCCUUAUCAAUUAUCUCAGAAAAUCUAGAGAAUGUCUGUUUUUUUAAAGAGAUGAAUUGGUCUAUUUUGACAUGGUACAGGAAUUUGUUUACAUAUUGAUGAGGUUGUAAAGAAGAAUGGGUUUUUUUCCCUUUAUUUGGUUGUAUAAAGACCUCUGAUCAACGGUGGUGAUAAUCACACUCCCUCAGAAACUGGUCUUUCUGCUGUUGAGGUCAUCCACUUCCUGUUCCCUCUCAAAUUACUCUGUAAUGCUAUGUGUACCUCAAGUAAAGGUACCACAGAAACCA